CUCGCUCAGCCGCCUGCAUGUGGUGCCUGAGGAUCCUCCUCCACUCUCUGCUCCUGCGCCGAGCAGCUGCUGAUCUCCCGGAGAGUCCCUGAUCCGCUGCCCAGGAGAGAGCAGGUGACGGCGGCAGGCAGACAGGCGCAGCACCGGCAGGCAGGAUGUCCCCAGUUGUAGCCAGAUAGAUCACUGGAAUGUGCACAGUAGCACUGAUUGAUUUAGGAAAUGUGUGUGAUGAUCUUGUGGGAGACCAUGACGUGCCCAUUAGAGUUCAGUAGCAGAGUCUUCGUAUACAGUACACUAUCACAAGAGGAAACUGGAGCUACCUGGAGCCUGGCCAAUAGCAUGUGAUCUAUGAUACAAUACUUUCGGUUUCCACUACAUAAGGAGAAUUAUUACAGAGGGAAUAAUUGUUAUGACAGUCACAGAUCUACAGUACAUGCAGAUCUUUUUAAGUAAUGAUAGAGGAGAGAAGAAGCCGCCAUUGGCACACUCAUGAUGAACCAGCAACAAGGUGACAUUGAGUACAGUCGGAACAGUGUUUUCGGUUCUCACAGUUCUGUGCAUGAAGUCCAUUCAAUUAAUAGUGCCGAGUUGGUGGCCCGACUUGAAUCCUAUGAAAGCUCAGAAAAAAAAAGCAUAUCCGAUGUUAGGAGAACGUUCUGCCUCUUUGUCACCUUUGACCUCCUCUUUGUUACUCUGCUGUGGAUCAUAGAGCUAAAUGCAGAUGUUAAUAUUCUAGAGGACUUGCAGAAAGAAGUUUUACACUAUGACUACUACAAUUCAUUUUUUGAUAUCUUUUUGCUAGCUUUUUUUCGAUUUACUGUGCUAAUUAUUGCAUAUGCAGUAUGCAAACUACACCACUGGUGGGCAGUAGCGGUAACCACAGCAACAACUUGUGCCUUUCUCAUAGUGAAAGUAAUAUUAUCUAAGCUGUUUUCCCAAGGUGCUUUUGGCUAUGUUCUUCCUAUCAUGUCCUUUAUCUUGGCCUGGAUAGAAGUGUGGUUCCUAGAUUUUAAGGUUUUACCACAUGAAGCAGAAGAAGAAAAUCGUCGUUUAAUGAUACAAAGCGUCUCUGAACAAGCUGCCCUGUUACCACCAGGACCUAGAUCAGAUGGACAGUUCUAUUCACCCCCUGAAUCUCCUGCAGAUUCUGAUGAAGAGCUUGAGGAGAAACAGGACAAUGAAAAAGCUUUUGUGUAACACAAAGAGAGUACAGUGAAAGAAUGCAUUUUUAUUGCAUGGAAACUUAUUGCUUUGAGCAAUGCUCCUCCAGAGUUCUGUUUACAGGAAGCAAAGCCAACUGACGCCUUUCCCUUGGGUACAUCUACCGGCUUCUACUAUUCGGAAUGAAAGUUGCUGCUUAACUCACUAGUUAGACUGAAAGAUUUGGAAAUCAGCAGAGAAACUUAGUAUGGACGCAGAUACUGCAAGAACACCUGCUAAUUGUCACAUGUACAGGAAGAGGCGGCUCAUUGGAAAGGUUCCUCUGAUUCUCUCCUGGUGUCUGUAGUGUGAUAUUUCAGUGCCUUGUGUUCUCGAAGACACUAAGUACAAUGCAACUCUGAGAAUGGCCUUUCGUAUCGUGACAUACAAAUGUACAGUUGUUAAGGUUUUACAUACAAAAUGAGCUAUGUAUGCAAACCAACAUCAUAUAUUGCAAAUGCAGUUAGCACUAUAUAACAUACAAUAGCUACAUGUAACAAUGGAUGGCUUUGGCACUUACCAGUGUAACACUAGAUAAAUGUAUAGACCAAAAUGAAUUCUUUAGUACACAUCACAAUGGCUUUUAAAUUGGGCAGGAUUUAAGAGUAUGCUUCAAAAUAAUGUUUCAAAAUACUUCUCAGUCAAACUCUAUUCAAGUAGCUGUUAAACUGGGCAGUUUGGAUAUCCUUAAUCCUGGACUGUUAAGAUGGGUACACAUUAGACAACAUGCAAACGAUACGAUGUCGCUUGCAAUUUCCGUUGAACCCCCUGGAAUCACUGGACAAACGAUAUUGGGGGUAAUUCCAAGUUGAUCGCAGCAGGAAUUCUGUUAGCAAUUGGGCAAAACUAUGUGCACUGCAGGGGAGGCAGAUAUCACAUGUGCAGAGAGAGCUAGAUUUGGGUGGGGUGUGUUCAAUCUGCAAUCUAAUUUGCAGUGUAAAAAUAAAACAGCCAGUAUUUACCCUGCACAGAAACAAAAUAACCCACCCAAAUCUAACUCUCUCUGCACAUGUUAUAUCUGCCUCCCCUGCAGUGCACAUGGUUUUGCCCAACUGCUAAAAAUUUUCCUGCUGCGAUCAACUUGGAAUUAACCCCAUUGUUCAUACACACUGAGCAAUUUUACAAACGACCAAACAAUUUACAUUAAUCAUCCCCCACUACCAAAUUGUGGGGUUUCAGACAAAUUUAACAUAUCAUUCGUCGAUGGUAGUGUACACACUGAGCAAUUUGCACCUAGUCGUUGGCGACACUUUCGAUAUUGAGUUGCAUGUACAGACUACAAAGGACCUUGCGGGAGCAUGCAUCGCUAACGAAAAGAUACAGUGUGUGCACACUGGCUGAUGAAACAAAUUUGCCGUAAUGAUGUGUCGUGAGUACCCAGCUUUAGGUUGCCAUCUGAACCAAGGGCCUAAUUCAGAUCUGAUCACUGCUGUGCGUUUUCGCACAGCGGGUGAUCAUAUCCUAACUGCGCAUGUAUCUGAGCCGCAGUGCGCACUCACUUUGGACGUCUACAGUGGGCAUUGGAGGUCAGCGAUGGGAUGGUGCGAAGGACCCAUUUCGCAUGGGCGUACGCAAGGUGAUUGACAGGAAGAGGCCAUUUGUGGGUGGCAACUGACCGUUUACAGGGAGUGUCCGGAAAAACACAGGCGCGCUCAAGCAUUUUGAGGGAGGAUGUCUGACGUCAGCUCGUGCCCCGAUCAGCAGGAUUCAAUCGCACUGGACGUGUAAGUCCUGGGCUGUGCAGAGACUGCGCAAAGUUAUUUUCAGCAGCUCUAAUAACACAUAGGAACACACACUUGCACAGCGAAAAUACACUCCCCCUGUAGGCGGCGACUAUCUGAUUGCAAGACAGCAAAAAACACAGCCCAGCGAUCGGAUCUGAAUUAUCCCCCAUGUUUGGGAACCACUGCAUUAGUGUGUGACAUUGAAACAUAAGUUUUUUUCUCGUCGUACACAGACAUCUUGGUUUGAUAUGUGAGAAGGCCCUGGCCGAGCAGCUUACAAACAUUACGCAGUAUAAAACACAUCAGAUUUAUAUAAUCAGUUUGUGCAGCUAACAACAUUAUUACAGUUGUCACUCUUUGUGCACAGUUUAUAAAAUGAAAGCGAAUAUCAUUGUUUGCAGCACAUUUUGUUUUACUUUGCAAUAUGUUGUUAGAGAUACAUCUGUGCUCCUUCGCUCUGCAUGUGCCGAUUCUCAAUUUCAGAAUUUUCGUUUAGUUACCAAGCUGAUAUAAAAGACAUAAGUGAAUUCAUCAACAGUCUAAGGGGUGAUUCAAUUGUUUUAUUUUUGCUCCUGAACUCCCAUCUAAAGUGGCAGGAGAACCCGAGGCAAUAUUCAAAUGGAGUUUUUUUGCACCGGUCGCACCCAAACAUACCGGGUUUAGCCCAUCUAAACUGAUGGGUACAACGUAAAAAGUGCGGCACCCAAAUCGAUGACUUCUAGUACAUUUCAGUUCGCUACCUCAGGAGGUUGAAGCUGAAAUGUGUGUGUGUGUGUGUGUGUGUGUGUGUGUGUCCCAACCCCCUCCUGCGGCUAUUCGUACCCGAAUGGAGCAACAAUUAAUUACUCCAGUGGAAGCCACGGGAAAUAAACAAUUGAAUUCACCCAAAAGAGCAGUAUACACAGUAUGUGCCGUCACAAUGCUUCUUUAUCAGCGCUGUAAGAUAGAAAAGAGUGUCUGCUCUAGUUAGCGUAACAUUAAAGUAUAAUCUUUGCUUCCAAUGGAAAUGAGGCCCAAUACAUUUCACGGAAUUAAACGAGCAAGAAGUUUGCAAUUUAAGGCAUCGCUCUCUGCUCUCCAUCAUACAGCAAUUAAAGUGGACCUGGUAUAAGUGUCUGGAUCACAGACUAUGGUGAUGUUAAGCCAAAAAAGUCUUGGCUCAUUUAAACAAGUACGCUUAUUAACUUGUCAAAUGUAUUGCAUAAUGUGAUUGCACCUAAAUGAGUUUGUGUCUUGUUUGUUAAGUCAAAAGAUAAUGGCAUUUCAGUUGGCUAUUUAGGUAACAUUAUAACAUAAAACACAAACAUAUCUAAUGUCUAUAGUAUGUAAUGUAGCCUAGGGAACAAUGGGGGUCAUUCGAGUUGAUCGCUCGCUAGCUACUUUUUGCAGCCGUGCAAACGCAUAGUCGCCGCCCACUGGGGAGUGUAAAUAUGCUGUGCAAGGGGGCGAACGCCUGUGCAGCCUUGCGGUACAAAAAUAGCUUGUGCAGUUUCUAAGUAGCCCCAAACUUACUCAGCCGCUGCGAUCACUUCAGCCUGUCCAGUCCCAGAAUUAACGUCAGACACCCGCCCUGCAAACGCUUGGACACGCCUGCGUUUUUCCAACCACUCCCAGAAAACAGUCAGUUGACACCCAUAAACGCCUUCUUCCUGUCAAUCUCCUUGCGAUCGGCUGUGCGAAUGGAUUCUUCGUUAAAUCCAUCGCACAGCAACGAUCCGCUUUGUACCCAUAUAAUGCGCCUGCACAUUGCGGUGCAUACACAUGCGCAGUAGUGACCUGAUCGCUGCGCUGCGAAAAACGGCAGCGUUCGAUCAGGUCGGAAUGACCCACCACUGGGUGCUAUUUAUGAGAUCUGGGGCUUGAGUAACUGUGGAAAAGAUGCAUUUUCUAACCUGCAUUAGAAAUAGAGCCUCUGGUUACCUUUAUUCUUUGCACAGUUGCUUAGUAUCUGAACUGGUUUUCUAAAAUACGCACCACUAUCUUAAAUCAUAAUUUUAUUAUUAGUAAUAUUUAUAACUGCCCUUUAAUGUUGAUCAUUGAGCCGACCAUUUUAACCAAAAAUUCCAAAAUCGGUAUUUAUUAUGAAUUUUUGUUACCAAACAACUGCUGUUCAAACAAUCUGUAUAAUACAGGGAAAUAUAUUAAAUUGCUUUCAGUAAUUUAUCUGCCAGUUUGAUGACAUACUGUACUAUUUCUCUUUCUGUCUGGUAGGUUUUAAUGAUUGGAACUUGUCAAUGUAAAUAUCUACAUAUGCACUAUUGCUUAAUAGAUGAAUUUUGUUGGCUGCCAGGUGUUUGUGAGACCAUAUUUUCAAAUUAAAUAAUCUCUCAAUAAUAAACUUUUUUUUAUAAAAA